GUGGCUAGUGUGACAGUCCCUCCCAUUUGUGUGUUGUAGAUGGAGCUGUUGAAGGGAUUGCCAUGGCGUCGUGCUUUCCUGGCUAUCAUCCUGAACCUGCUGGCUCUCAGCCUCUCCACUACUGCUUUGCUAGGCAGCUACUGGUGCACUGGGACCCAGAAAGUGCCCAAGCCUUUGUGUGGGAAGAGCAAAGCCACCAAGUGCAUCAGUGUCCCCAUGCCACCUGAUGCAGGUGCUAGCAAUGUUUCAUCCCAGGACGUGGUGCACUACAGCUGGGAGACCGGGGAUGACCGCUUUGCCUUCAGAUACUUCCACACGGGGAUGUGGCUCUCCUGUGAAGAAAGCAUGGAAGGGCCAGGUAGCGUCUUGCCUAGGCACCCACAACUUCUUCCCUUGUAUUUACUCCACAGGAGUUUGGAAAUGAAAGGCGGGAAUGCAGCAAGUGGUGAGAAAUGCCGUAGCUUUAUUGAGCUUUCACCACCAGCAGAGAGAGGAAUCCUGUGGCUGUCUCUGGGAUCAGAGAUGCUGUACAUCAGCUUGCUGCUCAUCAGCUUCAUCCUUCUGAUGGUGGAAAUGCUCCAUACUGGCAAUCCUGUCUGUGGGUUGAAGCUCAAUGCCUUCGCUGCUGUCUCCUCGGUGCUGUCAGGUCUCCUUGGGAUGGUGGCGCACAUGAUGUACACUCAAGUCUUCCAGGCAACGGUUAGUCUGGGACCAGAGGACUGGAGACCACACUCAUGGGACUACGGCUGGGCAUUCUACAUGGCCUGGGCCUCCUUCACCUGCUGCAUGGCCUCUGCUGUCACGACUCUCAACACCUACACCAAGACAGUGCUGGAGUUCAAAAGGAACCACAUCAAGGGCUACAAUGGGAGCUUCAAGGAUCAGCCUCAGCACCACCAGUGCUUCAUACAGCAGCAAAUAAGCAGCUACUACGAGCCACAAGACAAGCCCCUCCGUUCAGUCUCUGAGGGAGUCGACUUCUACUCUGAGCUGCAGCAGAAAGUGCUACAGCGGGAACCAGAGCUGGGACUGGAUGAGGUCUUGGGACACACGAUCGGGGAGGAUCACUGUUAGGGAUGAGUGUGCAGGGACAGAACAGUGGGCGUUGGGGGGCACAAGAGCUCUGAAACAAACACUAGCACCACUAUUAGCACGUUCUUGGGAGCUCCUCCUUCCUCCACCAUUCAGGAAGUGAGAAGACAAGAUGGGCACUGAGCCAGGGCAACAGCAGUGCCAACAGUAGCAGAGUGGGUCCUCCCUGAUCACAGUUUGAUGGGUGUCCUCAGCUGGGAAGGGUGAUAACUGGAAGGACAUGUUGUUGGUGCCAGCUGUCUCCAAACACUUUCAGACAGAGUUGAGGCAGAUGUCCUAAUCCCAACAGUAUUGCUGUUGGGAUUAGUACCCAGGAAUAGAUAGACAGCGCCAUCCAGCUGGCAAAUUGCAGUGCUGUGCCUCUUCAGGUGGUGUCACACUGACCCUCCAGCAACCCCACUAGUUUAGUGUCACAGUGAAAGGGCAUCGAUGCUCAUAUUGAUUGGCUGUAGUCCUCUCUGAACACCCUACUUAUUCCUCAUUUCCAGGCCCAACUUCCUCUUCUCCCUGCCCCCAGAUUAAAAGUGCUGCUGCAGUAGGAAUGGGGGGUUCCUUUCAGACAUCUCUCUCUGCCUCUUUCCUAUCUGUAAUGACUCCUUUCUUGCUUUUCCCCCAAAAAACUCCCAUUCUGAGGUACUUUCCUGUCUGUCUCUUUCUACUGUGCUUCUCCACAACCUUUAAGACUCCUUGUGUGGGCUUUUGCUUUUUUCUUUGUUUCCCUUCAUCCGUCCCCUUUUCCCCAUUGUAAAAAUAUUACAAACAGUCCCUAAAUCAAGCAAACUCAUUAUCUCCUAAAGGUGAAACAUUGGUUCACAUGACACACUGAUGCUGUACA